AUGGCGACGACUUCCCAGAGCGCUCUAAUUACUGGUGGAGCCAGUGGAAUGGGCCUUGAGGUCGUCAAGGCUCUUGCACGUCGGGGCGGAUGGCACCUUCAUCUCCUCGACCUCAACGCAGAGAGAGGCAAGCAAGCAGCUUCUGAAGUUGGGAACGCGACCUUCCACAAAGUCAACGUACUAGACUACGACUCUCUCGCAAAUGUCUUCCAAGAAGUGUACGAUACCGAAGGCAGACUGGACUUUGUCUUCGCCAACGCGGGAAUCGUAGAGCGAUUCAACUUUUACGAGUCACAUCCACCGGGGAAACCACCGCCACCCCCUGAUCAGACCGUCGUCGACAUCAAUUUGAAGUCGGUUCUGAACACUGCCUGGCUUGCUCAGCAUUACUUCAGGCAGUCUACGGAUAGUGAUAACAAGAACUUAAUCAUGACAAGUUCCGUUGGCGGCUUUUAUCGAUGUUUGGUUUCACCUUCUUAUUGCGCUUCCAAACAUGGCGUUGUGGGCUUGAUGCGGAGCAUUGCACCAUUCUUUUACAAACAUCAUGGUGUUCGAGUCAAUGCGAUCUGCCCUGCCAGCGUCCGGACCAACUUGCUCGACUCCACUGCUUGGAACACCUUCGACAAGGAUGUCUUUGUGCCGAUCGAAAAGAUAUCCGAAGCUGUUCUCAUGUUGAUCGAUGGUUACGACCUUGGCGGCAAAGCUGUCGGCUCGGGUGAGCCCCUUCACCGCAGCAAUGGCGUGACCAGUGGCGAGAAGUUGUACGGCCAGGCUGUUGAGCUGUCAGGGACUAAUCACUACUAUCGUGAGCAGAUUCCACUCUGUUCGGGUCAUCAAGCAGCAUGUAUGAAGGCCACUGAACGCGAGACAUAUGUCGAAUGA